AUGCCGGCGCCUCCUCCACCUACCCCAUGCAGUGCUCGGCGCUGCGGAAGAACGGCUUCGUGGUGCUCAAGGGGCGCCCCUGCAAGAUCGUGGAGAUGUCCACCUCCAAGACGGGCAAGCACGGCAACCCCAAGGUCCACUUGGUUGGUAUUGAUAUUUUCACUGGUAAAAAAUAUGAAGAUAUCUGCCCAUCAACUCAUAACAUGGAUGUUCCAAAUAUCAAGAGGAAUGACUACCAGCUGAUAGGUAUUCAGGAUGGGUAUCUCUCCCUGCUGACAGAAAGUGGUGAAGUUCGUGAGGAUCUAAAGUUGCCAGAAGGGGAUCUGGGCAAAGAAAUAGAAGGAAAAUUCAAUGCCAACGAAGAUGUGCAGAUAUCCGUCAUAAGUGCAAUGAAUGAAGAAUGUGCUGUAGCCAUAAAGCCUUGCAAAUAAAGAGGAUCACCAGCCUCGGGCAGCUGCUCAGGUCUGGACAAACCACAGAUCUAUAAAUUUGGUUCUUAUUGUCACCAAAGCUCUGGCCUUCACAAGCAACCUCAUUUCUUUUUUGAAUUGUUAAAAAAGCAGUGCUGGAUUCUGGAUUAGUGUUGCAGGCUAACUGGCAGUUUUCAAAAUCACUGAGAUUUUAAUUCCUUAAUUGUAACUAUUUUAACAUUCCUGUGGGUUUCAUCUAUGGAUCUAAGAAACCAAUCAGGUGUUACUAGUGGAUAUAUUUUUAUUUGCUUGAGCAAAACAGUGUUUGUCUGUAUGAACAGACAAAAUACAGUAUUCAGGGGCUUUUAGAUAAGCUGGUAGGUAUCUAGGAUUAUAAAGUGACCUAGAGCACAAAUAAUAUUUUUCUUGACAUGUUUAGGUAGAACUGACAAUAAAAGUAGCAUUUUUUUUUUUUUAAAAGCUUAAGUAUUUUGUGGAUUGGGACUCUUGCAGAACUGUAGGUGCCAAUCGCAACUUUUAGACCAAGAAACUCAAGUGAUCAAAAAUGCCAGCUGGCUUGACCAAGCCCCAGUGGCCAUGUGCAACUUAACUGUAUUACCUCUGUAUUCUUCUUUGCCAACUUGUUGGCUUAUUGUAACGAUAAAAUGGUGUCAAAGCCUACCUGUGGUUUAUUGGGUAGAUAAGGUAUAGAUAGGUCAAGGGGACACAAAGGUGAGAAUGGAUGUUAAAGCUAUAGACUUUCACUCGAGGCCUUUGUCAGACUUGAAAAAUAAACUAGAAAAAUGCAGUUCAA